AUGCUAAAGGAGUAUCUCGCAUGGCAGCAAGACAGGCUUGAUCUUAUGGCGGGGUUAGAUUGGGAGCUCACAGGAGAGAUUCCGUCGAAGUUGUCGGAGCUUGUCAAAACACGGAAGAGCCGAACCCAGAUUGCAAAGGUUAAAGUAUCGGGCACUUCGGUGUCGGACUCAAAGGGUGUCUUGGCUGCAGCGUCAGAUUUCUUCCGAGACAUCUUCGGUAGUGACAGAAGGCUGGACUUUCAAGAGUGGUCACCGGCGCUGGACAGAACACUGCAGGAGGGUGAUGUAGUCGGGCUGGAUGCUGACUGGACCGAGGAGGAGGUGAAAGCCACCUUCGCUUCACUUGCCAAGAACAAGUCACCAGGGAAAGAUGGUCUGCCGAAGGAGUUCUUCGAGGCCAACCGGGACCUGCUGGGAGGAAGCUUCAUGGCCCUGGUAAAGGAUUUCACGGCCUCAGCGGAAUUGUCGGGGAAGGUCAAGGAGGCGGUGACCAUUCUCCUGCAUAAAAAGGGGGAGAAGGAUCAGCUAAGCAACUACAAGCCGAUCACUUUACUAACUUUCACCUAA